AUGGUUUAUAUAAUGGGGGGGAAUGGAGAGACUCUGUCCAUUAACUUUGUUGACAGUUUUGUUGCGCAAUUUCCCGCCAUUGUGGCGGGAAGGAGGACGAGUGAUAUUGCGAUGCAGUUGGCCAACUUCUUGAAGCCUGGCUCAGUCAAGAAGAUCAACAACACGACGAUGGCCUUCAAGUGUAUGGAGAACAUCGGGGCCUUCUUGCAAGUCGCCGCUGGUUGCGGGGUUCCUUCCACCGAACUCUUCCAAACAGUUGAUUUGUGGGAACGUCAGAAUUUGAACAUGGUCGUCAUCUGUUUGCAAUCUCUCGGACGAAAGAUUAUGGCCAAGUAUGACGAGUAUUUGGCAUCCGAGUGCCUGGAGUGGGUCAAGUGCGUGACCAACGAAAACUUCAGCACAUCUGGCGACCCCGAGAAUUUUCAUGCAGUACUCAAGGACGGACAAGUGUUGUGCAGGUUGGCCAACUUCUUGAAGCCUGGCUCAGUCAAGAAGAUCAACAACACGACGAUGGCCUUCAAGUGUAUGGAGAACAUCGGGGCCUUCUUGCAAGUCGCCGCUGGUUGCGGGGUUCCUUCCACCGAACUCUUCCAAACAGUUGAUUUGUGGGAGCGUCAGAAUUUGAACAUGGUCGUCAUCUGUUUGCAAUCUCUCGGACGAAAGAUUAUGGCCAAGUAUGACGAGUAUUUGGCAUCCGAGUGCCUGGAGUGGGUCAAGUGCGUGACCAACGAAAACUUCAGCACAUCUGGCGACCCCGAGAAUUUUCAUGCAGUACUCAAGGACGGACAAGUGUUGUGCAGCCCCGGAAGAACGUUCAGCGGCGACCAACGCCCCAAGGAAGGUGGCUUGAGAAGUACGAAUGAAGUGAUCAAGGACUCAGUGCAUGAGAUUGCGUACGCUCCAACGCCAUCUCGAAAGAAAUGA